AUGGCAACUCCAGACCAACCAGAACCAACAAGAUCACUAGCAUCCCGCCUCAAUGGCUGGGGCCUAUCCUCCCUCCCGCCGAUGGGCCUAGCAACCCUGAUCACCUCGCUGCACUUCCGCCCCUUCCACAAGCUGCCCAUGCUGGUCUUCACGCCGAUGCUGGCGCUGAGCAGCUACCUGAGCGUGGCGGGCUUCAAGAUCGACGGCGCGGGGCUCGGCGCCGCCUGGUCGGGCCUGUACGUGCUGCUGGCCAUGCGCAGGCGGAACCCCGCCGCCUCGCUGCGCCAGCGCUUCACCGCGAGGGCCGCCGUGCGCGGCGCCGCCGUCGGCCUGGGCAUCGUCAACGCCGCCGCCGGGGGGUACGCCUACGCCGUGGGGAACAGGGAGGCGGAGCGCGUCGAGCGCAAGGAGAGGGACAGGUGGGGCAUCGAGGCGGCUAAGGAUUGA